AUGGGAUUCCCAGGAUUUCCAUGGGAUUUCAGGAUUCCUAUGGGAUUGCCAGAAUUUCCAUGGGAUUGGCAAUCCUGGCAAUCCGCCGAUUCCCCCUUGGAUUUAAUGCCAUUAACACCUUUAGAAGAACACCUAAAACGCAUAUUCGGCAAGGCAUUUAACAGUGAGUCACUAAACACAAAUACUCCGUUCGGACAAUUGGGUGGUACGUCACUCGAUGCUAUGCGAGCACUAGCGCUCAUUCGACAAGAAAUAUGUGCAAAGGUUGAUGCUGGUCUCUUAUUCGCUAACCCAUCGAUUCGACAGCUUGCACAAGCUAUUGAACCAUUGCUGGUCACAGACAAUAACUUUUCGGUUACAACUACUGCUCCACAAUGGGUUCAAGAAAAUCAAGAUCACUUAAUGCCAUCCUUAUGCAUCGAAGCAUUAGGCAUCAUAUUACUAAUAUGUCAAUGGUUAUUUCCCAAUUGGCUAGUCUUCCAUUUUAAUGCUUUGAUCAUUCUUCUUGUUGUACCUAUUUUUCAUCUUUCCUUAUAUGUUAUUUGUCAGCGUUUGCUGUUGCAGCUGGGGGAAGCUACAAACAAUGCGGAAAGAUUAUAUUCAUGGUACUAUUAUCGUUGGUGGUUUCUGAAUAGCUUGUGGUCGACUAAUAACUCUUAUUGGUCAAAGCAUUUAUUUGGUACACCAUUUUAUAAUUCUUAUCUUCGAUUGUGUGGUGCUAAAAUUGAAUGUCAUGCACACAUUUAUACCACACUGAUCGAUGCUCCUUGGUUACUUGAAGUAGGAGACUCAUCAUUUAUUGACGAAGCAGUUGUGCUUUCAAAUUUAUCAUAUCAGGAUCAAACUUACCAACUUCAUCGAAUUUGCAUUGGAUCAUACUGUUCUAUAAACACACGUAGUGUACUGUAUGAAGAUGUAAUCAUAAAAGAUAACGUUUAUGUGAAACCAAUGUCUGCUAUUACUGGGAUCAUUACAGCAUCGAAAGAUCAAAUAUUUAUCAAAGAGCGAUCAUUUUCACUGAGACAAAGUUUAUUUCAAUCAGCUUGUCUACUGUAUGCACAUGUUGAAGAUGAUGUCAAAUUCGCUGAAUUUCAUCAAAUAGUACGUUUCCCAUCAAAUCUUCUUUAUAUUGAACGUGGUGUAACAACAUUUGGUGGAGUUAUUCUUGCUUCAUUCAAAAUGACGAAAGAAGGUCUUUAUUGUCUUGAUGAAAUACAUCUUGGCUCCAACACAAAUCUUGGCAACGGGUGUACUAUUAUGCCAGCUACAAGACUUCCUUUGAAAAUAAUUGUUGGAAGUCUUACAUUAGUUACACGAAAAACAGCUAACGUAGAAAAUAAUUGUGUUUUACUCGGUAUUCCAGCUCGUAAAAUGCCCUUUCAAGUGCCUGACGAUAUAUCUGCUGCAAAUGACUUAUUAUCCUCGGAUUCCGUAUCUAUUUGUACAAUGUUGUUUACCUGUCUGUGCUUCUUUAUAAGCAAGUAUAUAUUAGUUACUUUAUAUUUGUUAUUACCAACAGCUACUGCACUAUUUAUUCAUGCAAUCUUGUGUUGUGCAGUCUACUACUGUUGGACCUCAUUUAUAAAAAAGACCCUCACGAUUCACACAUACAGAAGUUAA